AUACUGAGGGUCUUCUGCACCCAAUAGUUCUUGAGCAAAAGUCGUACGCGCUUAGUGAUUAUCUGAUCCGGGCCAAUCAAGAGUCCAUGGACUUUGGGCAGGACCCGACAGUUUGGUUGAGGCAAAUGCCACUGAUUUGCCGUGGUGCCAUCCCGCUGAUACUCGCAAUGAUGCCUGCGAUGUUUGCCUUUUUCAUUGAAAAGCCCCCAUGGCUCAAUCUAAGUAGACUUGAGAGAUUUUAAGUAUGCAAGGUCUAGCCCAACACAUUUGUUCCUCUUUGUGAUAUAUAGAAUGGUAUGGGUAACGCACUAUUUUACGUGUUCUUUCUUUAAAAUGAUAGUUGUGCGCUAUGAAUCUUCAUUCGGCACAUCAGAUUUAUGCAUUUAAUUCUGCGUUGGCUCGUUCUUGUUGAUAUGGUGCUGGCAACCUCAUCAUCAAUGCCAUUUUUAGGAGAGUUUCUCAAUCCAAGUGCAGGCGCCACUCAAAAUCCGAUAUGGAUGAUCGGGACCCAACAGACUUUAUCAUGGGAGACGAGCCUUAGUAACUAUACCAUCGCGUUAUGGAAUCAAAAUUCGGAUGGCAAUGGAUACUCUAAGGGUCCAGCCCUUUUAGGUACUGCAACUCUUCCUCAUCGUUGUGACCAUUGACUCUUACUAAUGCCUACAUUGCAGAAUUAUAUGAUGGGUCGGUCACGUCACUGAAUUGGACGGUCCAGACCUACGCAUUUUCACUCUCUGUGUCUCCUGUGUUUUAUCUACUACUUGUAAGCAAGUCUAAUUUCAUCUUUUGAACUCGCAGGCUACGAAAUCGUCGUCAUUAUCGCUUGGUUUUAAACACAAGCGCGGUUUGAGAACAGGUAAUAAGUCUUGUGAAUACUAGCGACAGUUCAAAUAAGAGCCGUGUUAUACGUGCUUCUGUUUCUACAAUAUUUUGGGGAUUGAUCUACUUCUUUCCAUUUGUCAAUACUUUGAUCGAUAAAAGUGCUCAAAGGGAUGAAUGAAUCGCGCUUCUUCCGUUAUACUUUUGUACCUGGAGUCUCUGAACAAAUACAUUUAGACCGGGCAUACUGACAAGUCGCCAGCAACCCAGCACUCUCAGCGAUAAUGGCAAUAAUACCGUACCAACAACUCAAUUUAUUGCAUCACAUAUCUUUAAUAUAACCUCCACGACGCCAAAUGCAGAAAGCAAUAAGAAAGACCACAAACUAGGACUUAUACUCGCUCUAUCCCUCACAAUUCCCUUCAUUAUUAUAUGCAUUUCUCUAGCAAUACACUUCAUUCACUCACGACGACGGCGUGCUCUCGAAAACCCUCCUCGUUAUCAAUACCCUAAUCAUGUUGGAUUUCGACAAAGCCGGAAUCCAUUCUUGACCGCGAACAGCUCUCCUACAUUUACCUUUCCAAAAGAUAACUCUGUUCGAGAUCCACAAAGACAAGGUAGCAAAACCAGCAACAACGGCAUAUACUUCCCACCUCCUCCGACCACUCCAAAAUCUCCUCUAUCAUUUACCUCUAGUCUGAAGAGCCUGCGCGGCCUUAAAGGGAAUACAACAAGUUCUGAUAACAACAAGACUCAUAUUCAAAGCCUUAGUCCAACUUAUGUCUCUUAUCCCCGCAGCCCCGGCGGAUACCAUCAAUCUAACUACCUAUCACCCACAUAUCACCCUCUGCAAAGACUUGCAUCUCUUACCUCCACAGAUGCAGGAAAUCCGCACAUUCAACAAUUACAAGACGCGCAACAUGAACUUGCUACGCAGCGUCAAAGACAGGGGUCAAGAAUGGAGUACCAACCUCCAGAAAUAAGUCCAUAUGAUGAGCCUCGAGUUGGAUCCAACCCCGGUGAUCAGAAAUGGAUCAUUAAACCCUAUAUGUCACCGGAGAUGCCAUCGGCUAUCAAGAAGAGAUAUCAUGAAGAACAGGCUGAGGCAAGGAUUACGAGGGGGAAACAAAAUUAUGAUGAGCCGGAUGAAUUGUGGUAGGAAAUAAUGGAUGGGCAUUUUAAGGGCUUAACUUUUUUGUGGCGGUACACUUUUUUGCUUGGGAAAUUUUACUGUUUCUUUACGGCAAUAUUCACUUCUAUCAUAUUUUAAGAGACCUCAGAGAAUUUUUUCACUUAGGUAGGUAUAUAUAUUGGAAAUAUUUAAAGGAGGCGAGGGAGGCUUGAGAAUUAGUUAGACAAUGGAGAUACCCAAACAUACAACAGCCACUCAAUCAACAAGCUAUCAUCUCAUAACCUUAAUAUAUCGAACAAUUUUAAGAUCUUACAAC